AUGCCCCCGAGUUUGGUCGAAGAAAACCACGGUCGCUACAAGGUUUGGCUCGGGAACCUUGGGGCACUUCAGCAAGGCCAUGGCUCCUUGGACUUCCGCCUUCGAGAAUCAAGUGUCAUGCAGGCGAACGUCAUCAAGCUCCUAGACCAGCUUCGAAGCAACCUAGAUGAGAGCGUGGCUGUUGUAUCAGGAUCGAGACUACCUUUCGAACUGCAAACUCAACCAAGCGAUUCUGACGACGAUGACGAGGAUUCGGAAACUUCCAGUGAGGAUUCCGAAGAUGAGCCUGCUGCUACCAGAUCGGAGCUGCGGCAGCGUUUGACAAGCAUCAACGGCAUCAUAGCAGACCUGUAUAAGCUCUCUUUCAAGAUACGAAGCACUACAACAAGAUCAAAGACGAGAAAAGCUGCAACAUAUAUCGAGGUAGAUCCAGAGACUGGCGUGGAGCUGUUCUCCCAAUACGCGGCCUAUGAUUCUCUUUACGUCACCGAGUUCCUACACAGCCUUCAGAAGUCCAGCUCUGGCGAUGAAGUCGAGUCUUCUUUUCUAAUAGAUCGACUGAGUCAAGCCAUUACUAGGCGGCGUAAGCAAUUUAGAUAUUGGAAAAGGCAUGGAAGCAAGCUUGCUACGGCUCACGCACCCUUCGAAUCCCACCACGAUGAAGAAACUCAGUCAGCGCGGCAACGGCAAUCUCAACCACCAGAAGCUAGCGGGAAGGCACUCCGCGACAGACUCAUCAGACUUGAUGCCACGCCUAGCGUUCUUUCGAGGUCCAUUUUCUCUGGGACCGAGGCGACUAUGUAUGACAAGAAGCUCGACGAUCUGCUGGAGACUCAAUCUGUUGUUUCCUACGUUACCACAGCGUACAAUGUUGAUGGGAAAGGAGUUGAUCUACCACCACCACCGCCGGGAGCAGCUUCCGGAUCUGGAUUCGUUUGUCCGUACUGUAUGGUCCUCUGCCCUCCCAGGCACGGGACGGGGCGAUCAUGGAGGGCUCAUAUCAUCCAAGACAUACAGCCAUAUAUGUGCACUUAUCCGGACUGUGCGGAGUCUAAUACUAUGUACAAUAGCCGACGCCAAUGGCUUGAACACGAAGGAUCCGCGCACCGGAAAGUCUGGCAAUGUUUCGAACAUUCCGGCGCAGUUUUUGGAUCAGCUGACGGUUUUCGAAACCACCUCAGGUCGCAACAUCCGGAAGAUAUGACGGACGAGCAGAUAUCUGACGUAAUAGAAGUUGCAGAGACCUAUCUGAUAGACGAGCGGAAGAAAUGUCCAUUCUGCUUGGUGGAGCUCCCAUCGAAUGAGAGCAUGCAAACUCACUUGGCCUAUCAUCUGGAAGCGAUCGCCUGCUUUUCGUUGCCGAGGUGUGGUACCGGAGAUGAGGAGUCGCAGGCUAGCAGUAAUGCGCCGCAAGCGCGCAGUCUUGGAUCGCAAGAUUCUGGGUCAAAAGGAUCUCUA